CGCAAAACCGAACCGAGUGAUACACUUUACUACAAGAUUUUCUGGUCAUGGCCGUCUUCGUUUUUCUUGUGAGAAUUUUUAUGCAGACUUUUCUUCAAAAAAAUCGCAUCGUCAAUCAAAAAACUCACUAAUCAAACGAUAAAUUAUUAAAUUAUUAAGUUUAUAACCGAUUUAAAUUACUAAUUAUCGUGGAAAAAGUGCUUCGCUUGUGAUUGCAAAAUUCUAGAAGAAAAUUUGUCGGAUUCGGAAAGAACUAAGUGUAAGUCCCAAAGAGAAGGAAAAAAGGACUACAGCAUACAUAUAUCAUCGUUUUCUUUUUGUUUUCGUUAAGACGAUGAAAAUUACCCUCGAAAAUGUGGAAUUAAAAUCAAAUAAAUUCAUAAUUUCUAUCGAAAAUGUGUUGCAAAAAAAUGCAAGUAAUUCCAUCUUAAUAGCGCAGCCCCAGUGCUAGAGCCAGUAAGCUCUAAUAAGCAAAGCAAAAGCAAAGCAGUGACUUGCAGGCUUGCAGCAGCAAACCCAGUGACAACAGCGUUCUCGUCAUAUCGAUAUUUCCCUGCAUUUGUUUUUGGACAAAAUUUGCAAUAAAUUUUCAAAAUAUUAUUCGUGAGUUUUGAGUUUUUGAAAAUAAAAAAAAAAUAAAACCAUACCGGAACGGAACUAAUUGUUGCUCGGGAUCGGGACACAAUGCAGGAUUAGGAUAAUAUCGCUGGAAAAUUAGAGGUGUAAAUUUACAAUUUUUCCUGCCCUUAGUCUGUGUUCUGUGUCCAUAUAGCUUUAGCUACGGACAGAACGGACGGACGAAACGAAAAAAAAAAAGAGUAAAACCGAUAGAAAAAUGACGUGUGUUUUGUAAAACUUCAAUAUAAAAACGAGACGGAUAUAGUGGUGCCGUGCGUUGCUGUCAGAAUUUUUCUACCUCGUCGUCGUAAGUGCGUUUCUUCUCGUUCCCUUUAAUGUGCGUUAACGUUAAAUGAUGAUGAUAUGUUUUCUUUUCUUAUGAACAAGUGAAUACGUUUAUUUUCUUUUUACUGAAACAGACUGAAUAAGAAAUAUUCAUGUUUGCCGUUUUCAUAUUGGAAUUCUUAAAUCUACAUAAAUCAAAUCUCGAUCUCUAUUGUUUGGAAAAGUAAUUAUUAAAAAAAUAUCAAAAACAAAUAUCUAAUUACAAUCUUUGCAAGUUUUUGACUAAUUGGUUUUGAUUUUUCGUCAAAAUAUUGCAAGUUUAAUUAAAAAGAACGACAGCUUUCUCCUUUGGAAUUGUGUUGUACGCAUUUCAAUAAGAUGGUUAAAAGAACAAUUUUGCAAGUGAGUAAAAUUGAAAUGGAUUGUUAAGAGUUAUAAUAAACAAUAAACAAAAACAAUACAAUUUUGUUUGAUUGAAAUAACAUUUUUGUAACAGACAGUUCAAAGCAAUGAGUAACUAACAGCUGAGGCUAAGGAAAAUUGUCUUUUUGCCUUCUUCUUCUAUGUGCUGAGUGUUGAGUGGAAUCAACAUAGACACUUGACUCAAUAUCCUGCCCAACGUCGUGGUCUGAUGAAAAUCAAUUAAUUGCAUCACAUAGUGUCAUUAGCAUCUUUCUAUCCGUCACCUAAAUAUUAGUAUUUUAAAUUUCUCAACAUUGUGACAAGAAUAGUGUUUGAGAAGAAGACAAUAUUAUAACUCAAGACCGAAAGCAGUACAUAGAGCUUAUAGUUUAGAGAGGUUGUUAAGAGUUGUUUGUCAGCAGAGUUGGCCAACAUUUUUCUCAAAUGCGCUAAUAUAAAAUUGAUUAACAACUAAAAUGAACAAUGAUAUAAACGCAUCUUCGUUGGCGUCCGUUGCUGCUUGUUCAUCAAAUUCAACAACGACUACUACCACAACAACUCCCUGCAAUGCCAUUGCAGGAACUGGAGCUAGUGGAGCUGCGGCUGAGUGUUCUUCUUCUACUUCUUCAUCUGGUGGACAGAUAAAUAUUAAUGAUUCGUCGUCGAUCACAUCCGUAACAUCUCUGGCGAAUGAUUCUAUCAACACUGCAUCAUCAUCAGCCAGUGCAUCAACAGAUCAAACUAUUCCAGCUGGAAGCGAUGAAGACAAAACAAAUAAAUCGGAAACUUGGGAAGAGAGUCGACUUAAAGAUUGGGACUAUUAUCGUUUUAAACAGCUGCUAGACGAAGCAUAUUCUUACAAAAAUCCACGCGAUAAAGAAAAUAAGAGUGACAUUUUCUUACAAUUACUGGAUAAAGCCGAAAAGGAGAAAGAAGAUCAUAAAUUUGCAUUUCGUGCGCUGACAUCACUGUACACACCACGUACCUCGACUUCGAACAGCCAAAAGCAGGGUGGAUCCUUGCAAGAUCUAGUCGAAGCGGUACGCAACGAUUCUCUCGACUGUGAUUAUAAUUACGGCGGCCAACGUAACCGCCGUCACAACCACAAUUCGCGUCCAAAAAAGUAUUCAUCUGUUUCGUCCCGGCAGCGUGAAGGAGGCAGCUUGCCGAGCAACGUUAAUGUUUCCAACUGCAGCCUCAGUGUUUACGAGCAACCGUUUUUGAAUGAAGAACCAACCAAACAGAGUCACGAGAAAAACGAGCCACGGCCUAACACCACUACCACAACAGCUUGUCACGGAACUUUACCAUCGAAAAACUCCAUCUUGGCACUCAAUCCAUCGGCGAAUAUUGGUGGUAGCAUUGCCGCUGAAGUAACAAUCUCCACUAAAGCUUGUUCGGCACCAUCUAAAAACGAUUUUGCUAUUGUGGGCGGUUGCGGUGGAGUAUGCGAAGGACCCAAAGGAAUUAAAGGAAUAAAGAACGUCAUUUCACUUGCCGCAACAUUUGGUAGUGCAGCAAGUGCUACAUGCGCCGCUCUGGCCUCUGCAACAGCCGUUGUUUCUACAGAUACCGUUGAAAUGAAUGAAAAUUAUAUUGACCAACACAAUGAUUUGCUGUCACAGGGUAUUCAAUUAGAUCGUUUCGAUGGAAUUGAAAUGAAAAUCCCUCGGGCAAACAUAAUCGGUUCGGUUUUGACCAGUGAUUUUUCACCCAACAACACUACUUCUUAUGUUGAUGAAGCAGUUCACUUUACAACCUUAGAACGUGGCAAAAGCACAGUAGACGCUAGCUUGGGCGAAAAAUCCGAACUCGUCAAAAUGCCAUCAUUUUCUGCUUCGAAACCGAUUUCGAAACAAUAUGACGAAAAUGGCAAUUCACUCAAUACGACCUUCACAGUAAACCAACCAAACCAGCAAUCGAAGGCUAAAAAGAAAAAAACCCAAUCGGAACGAAAUACGAAAACUCUUGAUGUUCAAUCUGUGGAAGGAUACCGCGGGUCAGAUCCAAUAGAAGAGCUGGUUAAGUAUAUUGAAAGUUCCGAGGAUACAAAACAAAACGAAAAAGUCAACAAAUUUGCUGAUAGCAAAAAGAAAGAAAAGAAACGAGACAGAGAGAAAGAUAAAGAAAAAGGUAAAAUUAAAAGAAGCAAUUCCCUAGAGGAACUCAGAUCGUGUUCAAAAAUGGAUGGUGAUGAUGUUACCAUGCGAAACAAGAGUAAUAUCAAAAACAAAAAUGUUGAUAUCAAGGAUAAACAAAUAGUGUCAUCAUCGGCGGCGGCAGUGGGAGGAAAUAAUACAGGAACAAACCGUAAGGGCGAGAGAAGGUCUUGGGGAACAGAAGAGCUGACCUAUUUGGGAGAAAACAAUGCCAUUGAAGAAGUUCGAGAGAAGGUAAAAGACAAGGAGAAGAGAAAAUCAAAGGAGAAAGAUUUUAGUGAAAAACUAGAGAAGGUGGUUGAAAAGCGAAAGAAAAGCGAUUCUAAUAUUGUGGUUUCAAUGGAGUCGAUUUCAUGUGAAUCAGCCGAAUUCCAUGUGGUGACGAAAAAAAAGAAGCCCAAGAAACAGCGACAGCUGACAGAAGAAAGCAAGAACAAUAAUUCCUCAAAUUCCCAUAAAAACCCAAUGUACCAAAACCGAAAAUACCAUUCAAAUUUCAGCAAUGAUCGUGAUGCUUAUAUGGGUUCCUUCAACAACAACAGCAAUAAUGAUAAGUCACGCCGGAAAUCAACUUCAUCUAUGCCUCCUUCAGAAAAGUCAGAUUCUAGUGAUUUAGACUCUGUUCAUUCAUUACCUAUUGAAUCGGCUGGCGGAAGAAGUCCUCAGGUCCAUCAUCAUCAGAAUCAACCAAGAUCAUAUGCAGAAAUAGCACGAAAAACAGAUGCUGCUGCUGCUGCUGCUGCAGCAGCUGCUGCCGCUGCCGCAGCGGUUAUGGCAACAGCUACUGCUACUCCAGUUGUUUGCCCAACUACGGGAGUAGUUAUCGACUCAACUGCCUCUAACACCAGUAGCAACAACUCUUCGCACACAGAACUAGAAGUCAAUGCAAACGCUAUGCCUGCUGCUGUCAACUCUGUGACAAAAAAAUCAAAGAAAAGUGUGAAGAGCGAUUUUCCAGAGUUAAUUGCAAACGAAAUAAGUGCCACCACACCCAACAAUGGCAGCACGACUCCCAACAUUAGCACAAUAGUAAAACAGAUUUCUUAUUCCCAAAGCCUCACGUCAGCAGGUAAAAACGAAGAACACGCAUCGGAAAUUGUUUUACAGGUAUCGCCGUCAACAACAGACGCUAUUAAAACUACUGAGAAGCAAAUACAAAAGCAGCCUCAGCCACACCAAAUGCCAUUGCAAAAAUCAAAAAGUGUAGAGACCGAUAGUUUUUAUAACAGCAUUGAUCAGUACCCAGCUCUGGAAAAGACUGUCAAGCGACACAGCACUGCAAAUGCAUGUGGAUCGGACGUCGGUGGAGUGACCGCAACAAGUUCCCCGUCAGGUACGGUUACAAUUCAAAUGAAUAGUAUUACCAGUUGUACAACACUUGGAAACUCUACACCCUCAAGCAACAAAAAAUCAAAACCAAAUACCAAAGUCAGUGAUGAAGUUCUUGCAGAGCAACAGCAUUCAGCAACAAAAAAGAGUAAAAAAGAGAAAUUACUAACUAAUGAGAAUUACUCCUCGAUUACGCAGUCGACAACAACAUUAUCAUCAUCAUCAUCAUCGACAACGUCCUCCAAUAUAAAUAAUAAAAAUCAAAUAAAUCAUAAUCAUCAUAAUUUUAAUUUAAAUAAUAAUAAUAAUAAUAAAUCUAGUUGUAGUAAUAGUCAUAAUAAUAAUAAUAAUAAUAGUAAUAGUAAUAAUAAAUAUUCAAAUCGUCCAGCUGUGAUUAUACUAAAUGAUGAUACCACUGCUGGUGGUUUAUCAUCAUGUAUUGGAAACGAAUUUACUUUUGGUGACUUCAAUGAAGAGGAACUGAGGCUUUUUGACGACAGUCAACCGUCGUCCCAACCAAAUUCAGUUGUAUUUCAAAAGCGUUACUCUGCUACUGCCACCAAUGUUAAUUCGACGACUCCACAGGGCUUUGAUGAUUCUGGUGGAAAUUUCAAUACAACCGGAGGCAGCACUGCUUUGGAUGUGACCAAUAAUAGUGAUGAUGCUUUAAUUAUGAUGCAACACACAUCGUCGCCUAAUUCUUCGUUAGUUAUAGACCAAUCAUCUGAUAGUGGCAUAUGUAGCAAUUACGAUGCGACAAAAGGAAAGAGAAUAAUUCAACAAUCUACUGGAACAAUAAUAACAAACAGAUCGUUAUCGACGGACGCUUUGAUUACCAAUACCGUUUACUUGUCUGCAUCGACGUCGCCAUCCAAAGAAUCUUUAUCAUCAUCGGCUUCGUCGUCUUCGUCAACUUCAUCAAACUCAUCCGCAUCAUCGGGCACGUACGUUUUAAAUGCUCCUGCUUCAAAGUCUAUCACUUUAUCUUCAAGCAAAACGUCCAAGUCUAAAUCAUCCUCCUUCUCUUCACCGAACUAUAAUCAACAGAAACACAGUUUUGAAAGAAGCAAACUUAAAACAAAUACAAAUAGUAAUCAAUUCAAUACUAAAGUUUCAACAAUGAACAAACGUAACAGCCAACGACAACAACAACAACAAGAGCAAAUCAGUAGUAGUAGUAUUAUUACUAGCUGCAAUGCUUCAACAACAUUACCGUCAUUAGAGACGUGUGAUGAUAUUGAAACAGCAAUUAUAGCUGCAGCUAAGAAAGCUGCAGCUGUUGCUGCCGAGCAAACUAGCACUUCUGUGAUGAAUAAGAACUACACCACAACAAAGGGCAGCAAUAAUUUGUCAGCAAUGGGAUCAACGGCAUCUACUACAACUUCAACAACAAUAAAUAAUAUAAAUAUAAAUAAUAAUAAGAACAGUAACUUAAAUCAUAAAAGUAGUUGUAACAGUCAACAAGGAGUGACUUCACCGCCAUCGUCUGUAUUUAGUCAAAAUAAAGAUAGCCGAAGAGGAGGUAAUAGCAGUAGUAGCAGCGCAGGUGCUGCAAAAGGAACAGCAACAGGAACAGGGGUCCUAGGGCACCACCAACUGCGAAAAGAAAUUGAUGUGCAUUUUAUACAACCAACAUUAGCGACGCCUAUUAGCUCGAUACAAAAUAAUGAAACAAUUAUUAAUUUCAUUGGUUCGGCUUGGGAAGAGGUAGCUAAUAGCAAAGUUACACAAUUUUACGAUGGACAAUAAAAGCAAGUCAUGGGUAACUUAGUUCUAGAAUUUCUAAAUCGUUUUUAAAAAUUAUAUAAAUAUACAUAUAUUAAACAACAAAAACAAAAGUAAUAUAAUUAAAAUUAUUGCUAUUUACUUCCAUGUACGGGUCUACAUGACCGUUUUAAUAUAUAAUAUAUUGAAUAUCAGUAAAUAUUUAUACACUUUAAUGUUAUCAGUUUUAUUUCGUUCGUUUAUAAUUAGAAGUUUAAAAUGAAAACUAAUGAAUAACUUUACUUAACUUAAACGAAAACUAACAAAUAAAAAAGUAUCAAAAAAAAAAAGAAGAAAAAAUAUGGCAACUUAAGCAUGUACACCACGAGUAAAGAAUUAUAAGCUUUAUUUCCUUUUUUCUGGUCCAAAAUUAUAAUUUUCAUUCGUAUACAUUUUGAUAUAAUUAAAAUUAGUAAUUUAAUUAGAAAUUUUGUUUAUCAAAGAGCAUUGUGAAGAAGCGUUCAUUUCUUAAGAUAUUAAAUUAAUUCAAAUAAAAAAAACUAUGUUAAUUCGUAAUAUUAAAAACAAAAUAGAGGAACAAUAACAUAAAUAAAGAAAUAUUAUUAAAACAAAAAAAAAAACAAAUUUUAUGCGCAAUUGAUCCUACUUCCUAUCUCUUACAUAAUUUAUAAUUAAAUAAACACUAUUAUUAUAUUAAAUCAAAUAACUGGAAGAAAAGCUUGGAUGGGUAACGAAACAUUAAAUUAAAUGAAAUAUUAAGGGUUUAAAAGAUUGUUUUUGUUUAGUAAUCAAAGUAUUGUAUAAAUAGUAUAUGUAAAUGUAGUUAUUCGUUGUAUGCCUUUGUGCGUCGAAAAACAAAAAAUAUAUAUAUAUAAAUUUGUAUUUAUUAUCUUAAAUUCUGUCAGAAUGUUGUUGAUAGGAAAGUGGAAAAUCAAUUUUAUGUUGGAAGUAGACAAUAGGGAUUUUUGUUGUGAAACAGUAACAGAAACAUUUAAAUUGAUAGUGAUAGUAAGGAGUGAUUACUCAAGAAAUGACCAUUUGAAUAGCCUUUCAUUUGAUCAUGUUCAUAAUUCAAUCCUUAAAGCCGGGAAAUUCCUUAAAAUUCAAUUGACACAUUUAAUUUCUUUUUUUAUAACAUUAUUCAGUAUACACUUACAUAAAUAAUUUAAACAUUUUUACAUUAAAUUCAAACUUUAUUAGUCAAGCACGUAUAUGUAGUUUAUAGGUUUUGUGUGUUACUUGGACGAUAUUUCUCCUAUAAGUCCAAGUCCUUAAAUGAAAUGGUAUCGUGUAUCGUCUCGUGUUCGUUCAACAUUUUGGAGACUCUGCUUAAAGUCUUCAUAAACAACUAUAUAUAUAUCUUUUAGAGCUUGUUUGUUACCUUAAACUUCCAUUAGAUAGCAUUUUCUAUCCUUAUAACUGAAAGCUUUUUAAAUUGUAUGUUUGUUUUUUUUUUUUUUCUUAAUUCUAAAGCAAUAAAAGUUCUCUGCUGAUGCCUCUGCUUUGAGACUCAAAAAUCGAUGAAGGUAUAUAAAUCUCCUGCUGAAAUAUUUAUUUCUUACACUUCAUUCUAAGCAUUAUAACAAAUAGCUUGUUUAAUUACUUUAAGUAAAAUAUGGAAUAAGAAUUCUUGAUCAAAAUUAACCAAAUUUCCAAGAUAAAGUGCAAAAAACCAAAACAGGCAAAUAGACGAGGUACAUAAAACUGAUGAUCAGAAAGAAUAAUAUUUUUUUCCUGUUAAAAUAUCUCUUGUAAAAAAUACUUUAAAAAAAAACACACAAAAAAAAUAUUAUAUUCAAAUACAUUUAUGCCAUAGUCCUUAAAAAUGUAUAAUAGAACAAUAAAAAAUAUAUAUAUAUUAUUAAAUAUUAUAUAAAUGUCAAGAUUUGCAACAAACUAUAUUUGUAAUUGUGUAAAAAUCAAAACUAUGUAGCUUAAAAAAUAUAUAUAUAUAUAUAACGACUCUAUCAUAAUAUAUAUUCUUCAUUUUAACUUCUCUAGUUUUAUUUGAAUAAGUGCAGAGAUUAACAGCAAAGCAAUAAGGAAGUCUUUUUGUUUUUUAAGUGACUAUUAUAAUGCUUUUUUUGUUUGUUUUGUUUUUAGAAACAAUAAUUUUGUUUUGCACAUUUUUUGUCCUUAAAUUAAUUAUUUAUUAUACAAAUAGAUUUCAUUUUAUCGAAUUUCCUAUUUUAUUUUAAAUUUAAAGCGGAGUAAAAUAAUUCAACUUUUAUAUAUGAAAGGCUUUUUAUACAAUUGGGAUUCAUUGCAAUACAAAUAUUGGAAGUUUGAAGAAAAACAAAAAUACCAUUAACCGUUAUUAAUAAUAAUUUGCUAAUAGGUACAAAUUUGAAAACAAUCGACUGGGGUAUUUGUUUCACGUUUGAUGUUCAAAAAAUCUUAAAAGCAAAAACUCUUCAAAAAAUCAAUACAUUUCUUGUGACAAAAAUUACGUCAAAAAUGUUUUUCUCCUUACUCAGAAUGGAAUUUUUCUUUUAGCGAUUAUUGAAAUUGAAGGCAAUUAUUUCCUAUUUAGAUACUCAGAGUUUUAAAAUACAAGUUGAUUUACAAUGUGACAAGAGCAACACGAAAUCUUAUUGAGGAUUGUAGGCAUCAAAUGAAUUCCAAUUCCAAUGAACACACAUUUUUUUGUUUAAAAUAUGUUUUUACCAUUUGUUGUUAUUUAACCCGAUAGGGAUUGAGAAAAAACGAAAUUUCGAUGCAACUAUAGGCACACAAGAUCAACAGCAUGAGAGAAUGUAAAUCUUGUAUGACUUCAAUUUAAAGACUGCAUUAUUUGAAUUCACUUAAAGGCUGGGACUUAAAAUUUGACUUAUAAAGAAUGCAAACAUUUUGUCCCAAUCAAUUGACUGCAAUUAUUUGAGACUUCAUGUAUUCUUCUUUAGCACUCACAUGAAGCCAUAGGAUUCUUUUGAAGUCCUUGCAAUCAUUCAAGUAAAUGCAAAUACUGCAAUUGCAAACACUUCAAGUUAUUGCAAAAGAAUGUUCCUAUGUUCUCUUAAAUGAUUGGGGACAAAAUAAUUGCAAUCUUUUUAAAAAUUAUUGAUAAUUGAAAAAUUUUGAGUCACAUUUUUAAGGUGAAGUCAAACAACCAACUGAAACAUAUCGAGCCCUUCAAGCCAAUUUGUCGGAAGCGACAAAAUAAAUUAUAUCGUAAACGACAAAUCAAAAGCUAACUGCUAGCCCUUGAAACGACUUGUAUCCGUAGUUAGUAUAGGAAAUUAUUAAUUAUGCUUAAGUUAAGACAUGACAAUAGCCUUCAAGGCUCUAUGUGUUACCAGCAAAAUUUUAAUAAUUUAGUUGUCCUUUUUAUUGAAAAUAUCGCUUACGAUAAAAUGGCGAGAAGGGCUCGAUAUUAUCGUGGUUAUACUCAACUCAAUUCGUUAUAUGUAACUAUGUAUGUAUGCAUGUAUGUUUGAUUAGAUCCAGCUCGUAAGAAAUUGAUGGGAUGUAGAAAUGUGUUUUUAAUUAUAUUCAGGUAUACAAUGAGUCUCAAUGAAAACUUGGGUUAGGUUGAAGUGGCUGUCCAAGAUGGAAACAGACACACUUAGGCCAGGUUUAAUGGCCAAUUGUGACAAUGAAAACUUAAUAUUUAAGAUUUUAAAUGUUAAUACCAAUAUACUUGUUUUGGAAAUGAAAAAUAGAACACAUUAUUAUAAUUUUUGGUUAAUAAUAUUUCUGAGAAUAAUCCAUCUCAAUAGGUUUACAGAUCAAGAGAAUUGAAAAUAAAUAGAAUUCUCAAACCUUAAGUCAAAUGGUCUUUGUAUUUCUCUUCCUUUUAAGAAACAUUCGUUUCAAGCUAUUCUUUAUAACGCUUAUAAGCAAGAUCAGUCCAAUAGCAUAAAACUAACAGCCACGAGACUUCAAUCGUACCUAUACUAAAAAUUGAAAAGAAGACAACACGUUUAUAGCCGCUUUAAUACUUCUCUGUUAUCGUUCCAACAAGAUGAAACUAUGUAAUCGAAACCAAAAAAGUCAAUAAAAUUUCAUUAAUUUAUUCAUUCAUUCUUUUCUUUUUAUUUGAAAAAUGCGAUCAAGGUUUGGCAAUGUUUAUAUUUCUAAAAAAUCUCGGAGAUUUUCGUAUUCCCAUAAAUUUAAACAAAAUGUCUCACUUUUGCUGUCAAAAAUCUGAGAAUAGAAUUAUUAUAUGUAAUUCGAUUUCUCACAAAAUUUUCUAAAAUGUAUUUUCAGAAAUUUCGGAAAUAUAAACUGGUCAAAUAGUUUUUCGAAUUUUGGUGAUCAUACAGCAAAAAGGAGAAAUUUGAAAAGUCUCAGAUCUAAGAAAUAUAAACUUGCUAAUUGUAGAUUUUAAAUUAAUCAACAUUAUUUAAUAACUUAUUUUGCCCACUAGGUUUUGACAGCAAAUUUAAAAUUAUUAAUGGCAAACAGCAACAUACAUACAUGCAUAUGUAUGUUUUUAUAUAGAAUGUAUGUUACGAUCUCAAACAGCUUAAGAAAAAAUGGCAAAAUAAGAAGCUUUGGUUUUUUAUUAAAUAUUGUUUAAAAUUAGUUUUAUUCGUACAAAUGUGCAAUGUGUUUUAUCUUCUCUAGUUACCUUAAUAAUAGAUGAUUUAUGUACAUAUGUAUUCUCCUCAUUUCUUAUUAAAAUUAAUUUCUCAAUAUAGGCAAACUGCUUCAAAGUAUUGUUACGAUCACAUUUAAGGAAGAUUCCUUGUCAUAAUGUUUUGUUUAUAAACUUUCAUUCCUAUGAACUUCAAGUGAGUAUUGAUAAGUUUAUUAUAGUUCACACUUAACACAUAAAUUGUACAGUUUCAAUUUCGAGCUUGUAAAAUACUUAAAAGUGUUUCUAAACUACCUCCAGAAAUAUGUCUUGCUUGAUUAAUGUGUUCAAAGCUUUAUUUUUAAACUUACUAAAUUAGCCAGUACAGAAUUUCAUUCACUUUCACUCGAAAUGAAAACGAAUUCGAAAAAUUGUGUACAUUAAAAUGGAGAUGAUUGAAAUGUACAUUUUUAAGAACGGCGAGUUAUUGAUAUGAAUUAAAUGAUGAUUUGAAAACAAACUUUUUUCUUAUUCAAAUUCAAUUUCUAGAACCUAGUUGAGUAUCAGCCCUAUUCUGCUAUUCAUGUCGAUCGUAUAUUCGAUUCACCCAUUCGAUUCCCUUUCACACUGCCUUUGCAUUCUGCUAUCCAUCGAGGGAACUACAUUAUCCCAAACCAAUCAAUUGUCUGAGUUGUCCGAUAAUGACAAACUUUUUAUGAAUUAAAAACGAUCAAUAAUAAAAAGUACACCAAAUACAAAUUUGGUCAGCAGAACCAAAUUCUUAGGUUGUUUUUUGGAAUAGACAUUUUUGGACGACCAAUUAUUGAUAUAUGUUUUUGGACUGCCAAAAUCAUAUUUUUGAAUUAGUUUCUAUAGUCUUAUUUAAAUUACUUUAUUGAACAAAAAUGUAGAUUUGAAAUAUUUAUUUGAUUUCUAUGUAAGAUAUUCCCAUUUGCUGUAUUUUCUUAGCGUAUUAUUUGAAAGUAAAGCAGGGAAAUUUGUAAUAAUGGAUAAGCAUAAUAGGGGCCUGAUUAUGGGAUUCGCGGCGAAUGGUUUUGCUAGCGAGUUAACCAUUUUUUAAUUAUUGUUUUAGCCUUCUUCGUUUUGAAUUCGACCAAUCAACGAAUUCGAAGGCGAAUUAAAUGUCAUUAUGUUUGUUGGCGAGUUGAAAUCCGACAGCUUUUUAAUGCGGAUUCACAGCUGAAAAAGUUUUUAUUAUUACUCACUGUUCAAUUUCGUGGAUUCCUUCUUGAUUGUAAUUCUAUAAAAAUGUGAAUUAGCUUUAUAUUAAUAUUCUUAUAAUUUAUCCACAAUUUAGAAUAAAUCAGCGCAAAUUUCACAAAUUCAAUCAAAACAAAAUUUCUGGAAAGCUGGAAUAUGGGAAGAAAAAGUCACCUAAAAGUGUCGAAACCACUGGAAUAUAGGAAGAACUAUUUUCGCUUCGCCGCGAAUUCGUUAAUAAGGAAAUACGACGUGAGUCGAAUGUGAAGGAUCGAAUUGAAAACGAUUAGCCGCGAACCUCAUAAUCAGGUCCCAGUUUCAGUUAGCUCGAUUAAAUUUAAAUGGAAUAUAUAAUCCCGUCCAAUUAUGAAGCCAUAACAUCUAAGAUAUCAACAAGUAGCAAACAAACCUGCUUCUUGAACAGAAAUGCGUAGUUUUCUAAAACAUAGGAACUCUUACAAGGUGAAACGAUUUUGUUAGCAAAACCCAACAAAAAAUAUUUGCCUCUUUGUCAUUCAGAAUUUAGUUUUAGACUAUUAAAAUCUUAGACUUUCUUAACCCAACCAAACAAAUUAAAUCAAAUUAAAUUUUUCUUUGAAAAUGAUGCGAAUUUAUUCAAAAGAAUGUUAAAUUUUUAUGAUUGAUGAAUUCCCAUAUUUCUAAAUUAUUUAAAAUUUCUUAUAAUUUUAAACUUUGUCUCAUUUUGAAGUAAAAAGAUUAAAUAAAGGAGGAAUGUACUAAGUUUGUAAAUCACCAAACAACCCUUCAGAAAACCCCUACAGUUUUGAAAAGCCUUUUUUUUCCUUACAUGCUUUACGCUUUAUUAUUUUUUUCUUAAAUUUGUUAUUGAUUUUGUUUUGUUGAUUUUUAAUAAAACUACAGCUUCCUUACCACUGACUGAGUAGCUGCUAUUCGCUGAAAUUCUCUUCUAUAUACAUAAUAUCAAGUUCAUAUAAUAUAAAUUAUAAUAUAAAAUAAAUAAUGUUUAAAACUUUUAAAUACAAAAUACAUACAUGUACAUAAUUUUUUUAUUAGAUGUAUACACUAUGAAUAUCUCAUUAAAUUGAUAAAAUAAAUAAUUGAUUAUUACCUAAAUAUUUAAUGCUGUAUGUAAUAAUUUUUAUGGAAGGGAGUUUUAGCAGUCGGUAUAUAAUUUUUGUUUAUAUUAUGUAUGUUAAUAAAUAUAAAGAGAAAAACACUAAAUUUCCAUACAAAAACAUUAAUAUAUAUAAAUACGAGUAUAAGUAAAUACAUAUAUAUAUAUAUAAAUAAAUUUAAAAAAAAAACGGUUUAUCCUGAAGAAUAAAAUAAAAAUAAAUAACUUAAAAUUAAGUAAAAAAGAAAAUUAAAAAAAAAACUUUUAGGCCAGCAAUUAACAUUUUACACACAGCUACACGCAUGCAAUUCAUAUAACUUACAGACGAAUAUUGUACCAUAGAAAACAUAACAUUAAUAAUUAAUUUAUCAUUAAAUAAAAGUAAAUGUAGAAAAGUAAAAAUUGUUAACUAUAAGGAAAGCAUUAAAGAGAAUGUACACACACAACAAAAUAAACCAUUCAGCAAUAUCAAUCAAAACCCUUCCUAGCAUACGUUUUCUUUUAAAUUUCAAAAAGACAAAAAACAAAAAGAAAAUUUAUUAUUACUGAAUGAGCUGUGAAGAUUUCAUCAUUAAAAUGUUUUUAAUCACACAUCCUAUCAAAUGAAAAUAAAAAUAAAA